GUGAUGCAGAAACCGACCUGAGUCUCUAUUAUUCGCUCGGUAGUGCAUAAUAAAAAAGGAUUUCUGCCUUACAUAUACACCUGUGUAGAUAUAACACGGCUUGUGACUACAUUUUCUAUGAAACGCGUUGCCCAAUGUUAGUUUUAAAGGCGCGGAGGAAUACUUCGACUCAGUGAUACUAUGUGAGGAUGCGUCACUGGAUUCCCCAGCGCAGGAGGAGCGGAAGCGGUUUGGUGGGCGGUGCCAAGGGGCGCUAGGCAACUAGCUUCUGAUUGACAACCAUAUGGGCCGGCCAAUUGCAAAGAGGACUCCUCGCCCACCGUAUCGCGGACGGCCAAUCACAAGUAGAGGGGCGUGACCAGGGCUGUGCUCGUGCAGCGUUUGUCCGCUUAGUCUGGGAAUAGUAGUGGCUGGCAGAGAGGGAGACGGACGGACUGUGUGACUGACAAAAGAAGCUUAUUCUUCAUUUCUGUCGCGUUAUUUCCCGGACUGUACAAACUCAGCGCGGGCCUGGUAGAUGUUUUUCUCGACGGUAUAGUAGGUGUAGGUGCCAGAGAAGAUGGUGCUCACACAGCAAGAGAACUUGAGUGUCCUGGUGGGUCAGCGCUUUACAUGUCUCGUAGGGACGGAUUUGCAGCUGGACCCGGACGGUGUUUCUAAAUGGCCCUGGAAAAGUGGGAUUGUCCGAGCCGCUUCCCAUAAAGAUCUCCACUGCCCUGAGAUAAAGAUAUUUGUGGAAUUUGAUGAUGAAGCCUGGGAAAAAAGAACAUGGAUUGAACUGUACGGCGCUACAGUUAAGAUGUUUCUAGUAGAGCACAAUUUGGUACUAGCAGAUCGUGUGUCCCCAAGCAAUUCUGUCCCUGUUCAGUGCCCUGCCAUGGUUUAUAAAGUCCUGGUGGGAAAAUUUUCGCUGGGAUCAGCAACCUGCUUACAGUUUCUUGGAGACAAAGACAAACUUUUCCUCUCCAAAGAGUUGGUGAAACCUGUUCGGGAUCGUGAGACCUUGAAGCAGUUUAUGCAAGAGAACAAGACUUUUAACAAAGCUUUCCAAGAACUUAUAAGAAAAAGUGUGGAUGAAAGUCGCUUGCAACAAGCUACAAGAAAUAUCAUUGGGAUGCCUAUAAAUGUCUAUAGCAUGGAUCCCUCGAUGCAGUGGUUCAGUGCAACCAUCUCUAAUGUACGAACUGCUUCUCGGGCACUGGAGAUAAAGUGUGAACAGUUACCAUCAUUAAAGAUUAUUGACCCUGCUCUGUUACAUGUUGUCCUUGUACAUAAUUAUGGAGACCUAAAUGAUAAAUCAAAGAAACCUCGGGCCCCUAAAAGAAAGUCUCAGGAUACAGAGUCUGAGGAUCAGACUGAACUAAAACAAACUCGUAAUGAAGAGGUGCCCAGUAAAGAUGUUACACAAAAAACAAGCUUUCUUACAUAUCGUAGAGAUGAUGGAAAAACAUUAGUUGUGGUUGACAAUCCAAAGGCAACAAACAACCUGUUCAACUACAUAAAUCCAACAACUGAAGAUAAGCAAAAGGUACAACAACAGAGUCUGUCUUCCAAGCAGUCUGUCCCAGUUGGAUUUGGAGAAGCAUUGUUGGGAUGUGCUGCUACAACACCAGGCAUCCUAAAUGCAGCAACACCUCCUCAGGCCAACUCUCCACCAAGCUUUGGUGCAGCAACUCCUCAAGGGAAAGGCACACAGAACUUGCCAGGAGAUACUACACUGUUGAAUGGUGAUGCAAAGAGAGAAGAGACCAAUUUGUUCCUGAGUGCUGCAGCUUCCCAGGGCAAUAAGAGGAGCUUGGGUUUUGGGAUGAUGGAGAGCCCAAGUACUUUUUCAUCAUUAUCUUCAAUGCCUUCCUGGUCUGGCCAACCAAAGAGUGAAAACGGCCCCAAAUCAGAGAACCUUUUUGCUGCUUUUACAAAUUCAUCAACAGUCUUUCCUAAGGGGUUUGAGUUUUCAGUGAAGAGCUUCCCCGAGCAGAAGAUGCUCUCUGUGACCGACUCCCCUAAAACUGCACCCCCAAUGACCUGCGUGCAGCAGCAAGAGCAAAAAGUUGUUAAGAAACCAGAGAACAAUCAUACCAGUGUGAGAGCAAUUAAACCCCAAGAGCCACCUUAUCCAAAGAGCCCGAACAAAAAUGAUGGUGUAACCUACCCCAGAUCAAUCCUGCUGGAUCCACAAAAGCUGAAACGGUUGCAGCAGAGCGGGGAUUGCUUUGUGCAGGACGGCUCUUGCAAUGACAUUGCACCUCAUCUUCAUAAGUGUAGGGAAUGCCGCUUGGACCGAUUUGGUCGAAGCAGGGAGCAGCGGGACUCUGCCGUAUUCUGCAGGUUUUUCCAUUUCCGAAGGUUGCACUUCAACAAACACGGCAUGCUAAAGGAAGGAGGCUUCCUGACUCCCAAUAAGUACGAUGCAGAAGCAAUAAAUCUGUGGCUCCCUCUGGCAAGCAACGUUGUGGAUCUUGAUCUUGAUACGGCAAAGUACAUCCUGGCUAAUAUUGGAGACCACUUCUGCAAGCUAGUCAUGUCCGAAAAGGAAGUGAUGUCUGCCACUGAUCCCUCAAAACAAGUUGCUUGGAAGAGAGCCGUACGUGGGGUCCGUGAAAUGUGCGAUGCAUGUGACACCACCAUAUUUAAUCUUCACUGGGUUUGCCCCAAGUGUGGCUUUGGUGUCUGUGUAGACUGCUACAGGAUGAAGAAGAAAAGUUUAAGCAGUGGUGAGGAUGGAAAUGAAACGUUCUCAUGGCUGAAGUGUGUAAAGGGCCAGUUACAUGAACCAGAAAAUCUAAUGCCAACGCAGAUUGUUCCUGGCAAAGCUCUUUAUGAUGUAGGUGAUAUUGUCCAUUCUGUGAGAGGAAGAUGGGGAAUAAAGUCCAAUUGUCUGUGUUCAAACAAGCACGUACGGCCAGUGGUUAAGCCAGUUGUAAAGGAAGAAGUAAAACCGAGCACUCCUGAACCAGAGCCAACAAAGGCACCCCUUGCACAGCCCAAUGUAUGCACUGCAACUGAUCCCAUAGCUAUUCCUAGUACACCUCCUACACCUGCCUGCUCUAGCCCUUUAAGUUGGCUGACCAACCUUUCGCAGACAACUGUAAACAAAGAAAAUAAGGAUAAUUUAUUUGCUUCUAAAUCGGAGCACAAACCACUACCGUCAUUUGCCAGCUUCGGAAAGCCUGUGUCUGCACUUCAAACAUUUGGCUCCUCAAUUUUGACACCCACAACCAGCAAUAACUCAGGAUUCCUACGGAAUCUUCUUAAUUCUUCCACUUUAAAGCAGGAAACAAAUGAGAAGAGCACCCCAAAAAUACUUGAUGACAUAUUUGCUUCACUUGUACAGUCAAGGCCAUUGUCUGAUUUUGCUAGAAAACCACAAGGGCUUCCAAUCCAGCCCAGCUUAAUGGGAUUUAAUACCCCACACUACUGGCUGUGUGAUAAUAGAUUGCUGUGCCUGCAAGAUCCCAACAACAAGAGCAACUGGAAUGUAUUUAGAGAGUGCUGGAAACAGGGCCAGCCUGUGAUGGUAUCUGGGAUCCACAAUAAUUUGAAUUCAGAACUAUGGAGGCCAGAAUCCUUUAGAAGGGAAUUUGGUGAUCAGGAAGCUGACCUGGUGAAUUGCCGGACCAAUGACAUAAUCACCGGAGCAACCGUUGGAGAUUUUUGGGAGGGCUUUGAAGACAUUUCAGCUCGUCUGAAAAACGACAAAGGGGAAGCAAUGGUGCUGAAACUGAAAGACUGGCCUCCUGGGGAAGAUUUCAGGGACAUGAUGCUCUCCCGCUUUGAAGACUUAAUGAAUAACAUCCCACUGCCUGAAUACACCAGAAGGGAAGGCAAACUGAACCUUGCAGCAAGACUUCCAGCCUAUUUUGUGCGGCCAGAUCUUGGGCCCAAAAUGUACAAUGCAUAUGGCUUAAUAACACCAGAGGACAGAAAGUACGGUACAACUAACCUCCACUUGGAUGUGUCUGAUGCUACCAAUGUCAUGGUGUACGUGGGAAUUCCUAAGGGGGAACAUGACCAGGAGCAAGUGAUCAGAACAAUACAAGAUGGCGACGCUGAUGAGCUGACCAUCAAGCGAUAUAUUGAGUUUAAGGAGAAACCUGGGGCUUUGUGGCACAUAUUUGCUGCAAAGGACACAGAGAAAAUCCGCCAGUUUCUGAAAAAGGUGGCAGAGGAGCAGGGCCACGAAAACCCUCCCGAUCACGAUCCCAUUCAUGAUCAGAGCUGGUACCUGGACAAUACACUGAGAAAGCGUCUGUUACAGGAGCACGGGGUUCAGGGAUGGGCUAUUGUACAGUUCUUAGGAGAUGCCGUUUUCAUCCCAGCUGGGGCGCCACACCAGGUCCACAAUUUGUACAGCUGCAUUAAAGUAGCGGAAGACUUUGUAUCCCCAGAGCACGUGAAGCACUGCUUUUGGCUGACUCAGGAAUUCCGCUACCUCUCCCAUACACACACAAACCACGAGGACAAGUUGCAGGUAAAGAAUGUAAUAUACCAUGCUGUCAAGGACUCCAUCGCAAUCCUGAAAGCUAAUGAAGCCAGUCUGGGCAAACUUUAACAUUGGAACCUUAAUGGAGCAGAUUGGACGAACUUCCUCUGACAGCUGAGCUGACACUCAUUGCUCCUUCCAUCCAGAUGACAAGUGGGUGAACAUUAACCUCAUUCGUCACAACCAAACCCAACUGUCCCUUGGUCCGACUGGCAGUUUUAUGAAAUGUUUACAGUCACUGGAUCAUUUGGAAAUGGCAAAUUGAAGGUGAGGGAACCAGGAUCAAAUUGUGUUGGUUCGGUUCUUCAUCAGAGCAAAUCCUGAAGAACUAACUACCGCGUCCAACCUCUGCUCCGUCAUUUAGCUGAGUUUCUCAGAAGAGGUGCCAUGUCUGGGGAACUUUAAUACUUGUUGCAAACCAAAACACUUUUUUAAAAAAAAAAAAGACUGUACAAAUAGAUACCUCUAGUUUUUGGAUACUUUCCAAAACUCUAUGCUGUAAAAUCUGUUCAAAUGCCAUUUUUUUGGGGUAUUUGACUUAAUAAAUUCCGGGGGAGUGGGGAAGUAAAUAAAAAGGAAAAAGAUAAAAAUUUUCUUUUUAUAAAGAAAAAAAAAAGUAUAUUGUAGCCAUUAAAGCUUUGUUAGACUGGGCGUUCUACACAAGAUGUAAAUAAGCAGGCUCUUAUCGUUUUACAUGGAGUUAUGAUUAGCACUAAGGUGCCUGGCGGUAUCUGUAAUUCAUUUCUCUGAUUUAGUUGGGUUUGUUGAGUUGUAUUAAUUUAAUUAACAUUACUUUGGGAUAUUGUCUUUGGUUGGAUUGCAGAAGUGUGGGGAGGGCGACGCCUCGAAUGGAUCUCGGGGUCAGGGAGUUCACCUGUGAUUUUUUUAUUUCAUUACUUAAAUAAAUUUGUGUUGAUGCCUA